AAGUAAUAAAAAAUUACUUGAAUUGAAUUACUUGUAGCAAAGUAAACUUGGAUUGCAUAUUCAAUAUGGAAGUGCUUAAGGAAUGUUCCGCAUACUUAAGCAACUAUGAAGUUUUGGAUAUGUUGCAAAAUAUAAAAGCCAAUAAGAAGCCAAAGAUGAAACAGAAUCAGUUGGCAACUAUAACUUAUCAGACUAUAAGGUAUUUGGAGGAAACCCCAUGUAAAAGGCAAUCACCUGAAAAAAUCAGGGAUUUUCUAAAAGCAAUGGAACCUUAUAAGUUAACAAAAUGUGAAAAGUUAACUCUUUUAAACGUGUGCCCCAAGACACCACUUGAAAUACAAUUGAUUGUGGAAGACAGUGAAGAUCGCUUGUCUGAUGAAGAAGUAGAUUCUUUACUUCAGGUAAUAACAAGUUAUUUAGGUGAAGAAGAGCAAGAUGAGAAAAAUGGGUAA